GCCCAGGGCGCCGGCAGCCCCGGCCCGCCCUCCCCGCCCCCAACUCGCUCCCCAACGGAAAGUUCGGCUCCGGCGGCGUCUCGCCCAGCAGCCGGGGAUGAGCCGGGCUCGGGGGGCGCGCUGAGCGGCGGCCAGGAGGGGGCAACUUCUCCCGGGAGAGCGCCUCCCACCCAGCCCCGCCGGCCGCAGCCCCCGGGCGGGCUCGAGUGGUUUUUCCCUCGCCUGUGCCUCCCCCCUGCGGAUCCAAGAGACGGACCUUGGUCCCCGCGCUCCCGCUGCCGGGUGACAAGAGCCAGCGCCGCCGCCGCCGCCGCCUCGGCCGCCGCUCCCUCCCUCCGCCCGGCCGGCCGCCCCCGGCCGCAGCCCCUGCCCUGCCUGCCCGCGGCACCAUGGAGUUCUCGGAGAGGAAGAGGAGCAGGAAAUCGCAGAGCUUCAAACUGGUGAGCCGAGAUUAUCACCACGAGGUAUAUAAGAUCUCAGAAUUCAGCAACGAUGUUACUGGGGAGGCCAAAGAGACACAACCUAUUUUUUUAGGAGAUGAAAGCAUGGAAAUUAAAAAACAAAUUACAGGAAUGAGAAGAUUACUGAACGACAGUGCUGGCAGGAUAUAUCAGCGUGUGGGCAAGGAGGGGGAGAAGUUAAAAGAAGAACCCCAGGACUUGGAUUCAAUCUGGCCUCAGCGCCUGAACUCCGCAGAGACCCCGCAGAACCUCCACCCGACUUCCCGGGGCACGUGGAAUGAGUUACCACCCCAAAGCGGGCAGUUCUCGGGCCAGUAUGGCACCCGCUCCAGAACCUUCCAGAGUCAGCCCCACACCACCGCCGGGAGCGCCAACGGAGAACUUCCAGUGGUGAACUCGUCAGUUGGCUCCAACUGCUGCACUUGUAGCUGCCAGUCAACGCUGCAGGCCAUCCUCCAAGAGCUCAGGACCAUGCGGAAGCUGAUGCAGGCACAGGCAGUUGGAACGCAAAACAGACAACAACCCCCCAUUUCCCUUAUCUGCUCCCAGCGAACUGCUGUCUCACGCAAGAGAAAUAAAAAGAAAAAAGUGCCCCCAAAGCCUGUGGAACCUAUCACUGUGAAACAGAAGCCCAGCAUGUUAGAGGCAGAGAAGAAGACGGCGGGGGCCCCAGAGAAUCCAGGGCUCCCCGCGGCCGAGCACACCUCCCCGGGGGAGAACCACAUCCUCGGGUUCGGCAUCGUGCUGGAGUCACCGGCCUCCGAUCCAGAAGUGCAACUUGCUGAAGGCUUCGAUGUGUUCAUGCCUAAAUCUCAGCUGGACUCUAUACUGUCAAACUACACUCGCUCAGGAAGCCUUCUGUUUAGAAAAUUGGUGUGUGCAUUUUUUGAUGACAAGACUUUGGCUAACUCCUUACCCAAUGGGAAGAGGAAAAGAGGACUCAAUGACAACCGGAAAGGACUAGACCAAAAUAUUGUGGGUGCAAUCAAAGUCUUCACAGAAAAAUACUGCACUGCUAAUCACGUGGAUAAACUUCCUGGCCCAAGAGACUGGGUACAGAUUCUGCAGGAUCAAAUCAAACUGGCCAGAAGAAGGUUAAAAAGAGGCUCAGCAGAGGUAGCUGACGGUGAUGAAAGGCUGGACGGCGUUUCUCUACCCCCAACAGGUAAAAAAGCCUGAGGCCCAGAAACACUAAAUGACUUUCUCAAGGUCUCACAGCUGGUUGGUGGCCAGGCCGGAGCCCAGGCCUCUCAACUCCCAGCCGUUGCACCGCAUAGCUUUCUUACACCUUCUCUGCAUGUUUCCCAAAGAUCCCAAGAGUUGCUGGAUGUUCUUGCUCAUCCCUUUAGGGUUCCAUUUCAGUGUCUCCCCGUCGUCAUGGAUAGUCUGUCGUAAGUCGGCCCGAAGUUGCCUGCAGUGUCAGCCCACAGGCUCUCCCUCAGAUCUGACCCACGGCUGUGAGGCCCUACCCAAGGCAGGAGGAGGCCGCCCCCGAAGGUCUUUUCACUGGACCCCUGAUAGAUAUUUGCUCGAGUCACUAAACGGCAUGAUAAAUAAAACCACUUAGCAUUUCAACAUGGAGAAGAGAAGGCGUGGAGUGGUGCCCAGAUUUUGCAGUAAUGGCUUGAAGUAAUCUUGACCAUCCUGUCUCUGGAGUGCCUCUCAAGUGAAAAUCCCGCGCUGGGGGCUUUGAAUACAGCACUGUGACCGAGUCCUCCCUCCUUAUGUGCGUCCUAGGAGACCCUCCGCAGCACGAAUGUCACCUUUCUCAUACAUGCAGCUUCCUCUCUGGAUUUGAGACUUACUGGCCAGGCCGUCCUCAUCUGGUCUGAGCCGGCACCCACUGGUCCUUUUUAAGGAUUUAGCAAUGCCUUUAUUACCUUGUCAAGGUCUUUUUCCUCUCCUUCUAAACUCGUGUGUGUUGAGGAGGGGUGGGACAGGUGUAGGAAUCCCCCAGUGUUUCUGUGAACCAGAAUCAGCCAGGUCAAGGUUACAGUCAGGCAUCAGAUGACAUUUACCUCAAUCCAUGGCGCUUAAAGCGAUUUUCUAUUUGUCUAGUUUUAUCAAAAAUGGAUAUAAAUUUCAUAGUGGAAAAAUACAUCUUCUAUUUCUUUUCCCUCAACCCUCUCAGUAAGUGCACUUGAGCAAGGCCAGGAAUCAGUGCUGACUGAGUUAGGUUCUGGUGAACAAAAUCUGCCCUCAGACCAGAGCAAGGCAGAGGCCACCAGCCAGGGUGGGGAGACAGUGCUCAGAUAAAGGAAAAAACCAUCCAGGAUGAAGGGCAGAAUUUGGGAGGGUGGGGAGAGUACAGAGAAGAAAGUCAAAAUAGUAAUAUCUAAAAUUUUUAAAAGCGGCUUCUGAAUGUGAAGUAGAAUAGUGCAGAGCGCACCUAGGCUUAGGUUUUUGUUUGGUUUUGGUCAUCAAUUUAUUUUACAUAUGUUUUAGAAAUUAAUAUAGAAAAGUGGAAGGAAGAAAAUGUAAAUUACUUGUAUCACCCAGAGACAACCAUUAUCGUUGGGUGUUUUUUUCCCAGAUUUUUCUCUGCGUUUUAUUUAUUUAUAUGAUGGAGGUCAGAUCCAUCCAAUUUUGCUUCCUGAGGUUUGGUUUUGUUGUUUUACCACCUUAACAAGCAUUUCCCACUUUAUUACAAAUCUCCAUAUGCAUUAUUUUAAUAGCUGGGCCCUCUUCUGUUUUACAGGUAAAUCAUAUUUUAUUUAGCCAUUUUCUAUUCCUGGAAUAGAGAUGCGGACAUACUCUAAUAGUAACCCACGUUCAUGAGUUUUCCUGUAAAAAUCAUCAUCACAGAUGUCUAAUGGCUAAAAUUGCUCAUUUGGCACAACUAAAGCCUUGGCAAAAAAGUAGUGAUUUAGAGGAACUCCCUGGUGGCUAGUGGGUUAAGGACCCAGUGUUGUCACUGCCGUGGCGAGGGUUUGAUCCCUGGCCCAGGAACUUCUGCAUGUUGUGGGCACCCCCUGCCCCGCAAAAAAAAAUUGACUUAGAGAUGAAGCACAGACACCGCACCCACGAGGUUCUGGGCCUGUCUGUGUCGUAGAAAAGCCUACAGCUCUUCCUUAGAGAAGUGGCCUCUCUUCACAUUCUUGUCUCUGUUGUAGGUAAUAUAUUUGACACCAGGAGAGAAAACACGGAAGACACAGAUUUCACUGCCUAGACUUCCCUUUAGCGACACGUUCCUUAGCACAUGCAGCUCCUCCAUUUGAAUUUCCUAAAAGGUCCACUAACGUUUCAGGGUACUGCAAAGUGUGGGCGUUCCGUGAAGGUGACCUGUCAUGUUUGAAUAGUUUUCAUAGAACUUCCUUUGUAAUGUGGGAUCAUCAGGCCUCUGGUUCGGUCUGAGGUUUUUAAAAAAUCAUCUUCAGAGUAGAAUGUUCACCCUUUUAAACAUCCAGCGCAUCAUCCGGUUGGUUCGUUGUCCAUUAAAAAAAAAAAAAAAGGCAAUUUGAUUUAACCUGUCUCUUUUUCAAUGUGCACCUAGUAUGGAGUCUUGAGGCCUAUUUAUUCUGAUGUAAAUUGCCAGAUGCGCUGUAAAGGAAAGCAGCUCUUUUCAGGACCGAAGGAGCGGUUGUCAAGGCCAAAAUUAAUUAGACCUUCAUCAGCUUACAAGAUGGAAAAGUUGUUUGGGGGGGGCAACUCAGCACUGAUCUAUUAGAUGAAAAUCACUUGUGACAUCGUUUUCCCCCCAAAAUAAUCCCUUGUCCCUGAUAAGGGCAAAUGAUAGUCGAAUUCUUAGGAAAGAACCUUUCACGCAGGUUGUGUCAACACAGCAACGAAACAACUAAUUAAAAGGUGAGGAACUCAAAAUAACCAGUUACCCACAUGACCCCUGCCGACUCUUUUCACCGAUGGUUUUGAGGGAGUGGUCGGUCUCGUGUUGCGGCAUCAGGUGGCAACGGGCCCCAGACGUCCUGUGAUCACCUUCCUCUGGGGCUGGUACACUUGCCUCCGCUUUGUAGAAAACCAACACAUGAAAACGGGGGUUCAUCUUAAAGAAGUGUCUUGCCAUGCACAUAUUUUUACAGAAAUAUGUACCACCUGGUUCCUCUCCCUAGUUAAGAUGGUGAAUUUAAGGUACCUUUUUAUUUGGAGGCCACGCAUUUACAUCUCAUUUAUUGGGUAGAGAAAAUCACCGGGAAUCUUUGACACUCGACCCAAAGGCCAAGAGUUGGCUUGAAAGAAAUUUGGACAGUGGACACACCAAACCCCGGUGGGGGGGGGGGGCUUGCUGUGUUACCAUAUGAUACAUUUCCCUGGCAGUUACUUUAUUAUAUCAGAGUAUUAGAGCCCAGUGUUGGCAUCAGGCUCCUCAGUCCAAUGCCCUCAGUGUGCAGUGAGACAGCUCAGGAGGAGUGAGGCUCGUGGUUGCCCAGGGCCAGGGAAUAGCCCAUCAAUGGCCUGGCCAAGCCUAGAACCUAAAUUCCUCCCUCCCCUGUCCAAGGUACCUGUGCCAGACGUAGCACGUGGAACAGCUGACCUUGAGCUGGCAGAGGAGCUCUGGGAUGAGUCAGAAUCCCACUGCCGACCAGCUCAUCAGCCCAAGGCCGCAGGAGGCAUCCCUGUAAUGUGACAAAGCUGGUUCUAGGUGUGGCGUGCGGAUCAACCCAACCACCAGACAGCUACAUCUCACAGACGUGCGUCUCUUUCUCUGUCUUCCUUCUGGAGCUUCAAGGAAGGUCCAUCGCAGGUUUAGUUAGCCUUUCCCACUUCAGGCCAGUGAGGCACCCCGUCCCUCCAAAGUAGCCCCUCUGUUCGUGAUGGGGGGGUCUCCUGAGGUACUGUGAAGCAGGGCUUUUGUUUUUCGGCAACAUGUUUAAAAACUUGUCUUCUGCCUCUCUGUACAAAGUCUUUCUCAAGGGAAUUAAAAGGAUUAAUUAGUGACCUUUCAACUCUCUCACAGUAAGAUGAAUAUGUUGUGAACAAAGGUAGAAUCGUUUACCUCACGGCUGGCGGAGUGUGUUCAGCAUCCACCAGGAGCCUUCAAAGCACUUCCCGCCACGACUGGGCGAGCGCUUGAAUUUUUCACUACUUGAGGAGGGGGUGGGGACUGCUCAGCUCACACAUGUGUGCAACAGAUUCACAGAUUGGAAAUUCAUUUCAUAAAAUUGCAACAGUAACAUCCUAUUUUGUAAAUGAAAAUCGUAUCUGUGUUUACCUAACUGUGACUACUGUUCAGACUUUCUUCAGAAAUCCUUUUUAUAGGCUUUCUUAGAAAAAAAAAAAUUACUCCCUCUCUAUGGAUAAUGUCUUGAUCUUCUGUAUAUAUGUUUUAUUAAUGUGUAAAUAUUUAGAUUUUUUAAGAUUACUAUGUUCUUUUAAAAAAAAAUUUCAGUGCAAAGCUAGUUGUGAAAAUGUUGUAUAACAUGUGUUGUGUUAUCAAGUCCCAAGAUGCCCUUUAUGUCCGUUCUGGAAGAAUACAAUAAAUUACUUUAAUCGAA